CAUCCAAAACCCUAGCCUCUUUCAGCAGGGGGGAAAAUAAAUAAGAAAAGAAAAAGGGGAGAGCCCAACUGUCAAUACACCGAGACGUUUUCAGGAAGCAAUCAGAAAUCUGUAAUUCUUGUGCGUAAAAAUGAUUUGAAGAGCAAAAGCUGAAAAUUAUUUGAAGCACAUUCAACCUCCUUGAGCAAUUUGUUUACAUGUAAUUUUUGAGGUUAAUCUUCUUUCUGUAUAUCAGGAGGCAGUGGUUGAGUAAGAAUGAUGUUACUGUUGUUUGAAACGCCGGCUGGUUUUGCCCUUUUCAAAGUACUGGAUGAAGGCAAGCUCUCUAAAGUUGAGGACUUAUGGAAGGAGUUUUCCACUGCUGACUCGGCUCGACAGGUUGUUAAGCUAAAAGCCUUUUCCAAGUUUGAGAACACUUCAGAGGCUCUAUCAGCAGCUACCUUAUUGAUAGAAAGUAAGCCUAGCAAAGGUCUUCGCAAAUUCUUGCGCUCCCAUUGUGAAAGCGACAUUUUAGCUGUAGCUGAUUCAAAACUGGGGAAUGCAAUUAAGGAGAAGCUGCAAAUUGAAUGUGUUCACAACAAUGCUGUCAUGGAACUGAUGAGAGGGGUCAGAAGUCGUUUGACUGAACUUGUAUCUGGACUAGCUGCCCAAGAUUUGGCUCCAAUGAGUUUGGGUUUAUCUCACAGCCUUUCAAGAUACAAGUUAAAAUUCAGCCCCGAUAAGGUUGAUACAAUGAUCAUCCAAGCCAUUAGCUUGUUGGAUGACCUUGACAAAGAGCUGAACACUUAUGCAAUGAGAGUAAGGGAAUGGUAUGGUUGGCAUUUCCCAGAACUUGCAAAGAUUGUACAAGACAAUAUCCUUUAUGCCAAGACAGUGAAGUUGAUGGGUAACCGAACAAAUGCUGCAAAACUUGAUUUCUCUGAGAUACUUCCAGAGGAGGUGGAGAUUGAACUAAAAGAGGCGGCCAUGAUUUCUAUGGGAACUGAAGUUAACGACCUUGAUUUGGAAAAUAUCAAAGAUUUGUGCAACCAAGUUCUCUCACUGGCAGAAUAUAGAGCCCAACUGUUUGAUUAUUUAAAAAGCAGGAUGAACACCAUUGCUCCAAAUCUCACUGCCCUUGUUGGUGAACUUGUUGGCGCUCGCCUUAUUGCUCAUGGAGGCAGCUUGUUGAAUCUUGCUAAGCAACCUGGAAGUACGGUUCAGAUACUUGGUGCAGAAAAGGCUCUUUUUAGAGCUCUGAAAACAAAGCAUGCAACGCCUAAAUAUGGUCUUAUAUACCAUGCGUCUUUAAUUGGUCAAGCAGCACCAAAACACAAGGGUAAAAUUUCUCGAUCUCUUGCUGCCAAGAGUGCGUUGGCUAUUCGAUGUGAUGCUCUUGGAGAUGGCCAAGAUAAUUCUAUGGGAAUGGAAAAUAGAUUAAAGCUUGAAGCACGGCUGAGGAACUUAGAAGGCAGAGAGUUGGGUCGGUCUGCUGGAUCUGCUAAAGGCAAACCCAAGAUAGAAUUCUACGACAAGGACCGUAAGAAGGGUUCAGGAGGAUUGAUCACCCCAGCCAAGACAUACAAUCCUUCAGCCGAUUCAAUUCUUGGGUUGACUGAACCAUCGUCCCAGCAGAAUGCAGACGAGGUUCCUGUUAUAAAUGAAGAGCAACAGAAAAAGAAAAAGAAGAGGAAGAAUGCUAAUGCAGAAGAAGACACUGUCAAGCCAAACGAUGCAGUCAACGAUACAGAACCAACUAGUGAGGCAGUCAGGAAAAAGGAAAAGAAGAAGAAAAAGCAAUCAGCUGAAAAUGCUGAGUUGCACAAUGAAGUUGAUAAUGCUGAAGUGGGAGAGAAGAAAAAGAAGAGAAAACGUGCAGAGCCAGAUGGAGAAGGAGAAGUUGAACCCCGCUCCAAAAAGAAAGACAAAAAGAAGAAGAAAAGCCAAGACUGAUCUGUUAGAAAUCUGCAAAAGCAGUACAUUUGAGUUUCUUCGGCAGGUGACGUAUUUUGUAAAAUCGAAUUCUCUGUAGCAUCGAUGUUGAACUUAUUUUGGUUUAUAUCAUUUUCGUAGCAGGAAGUUGGAGAACGUUUUCCAGCAAUGACAAUUAUUACGAAAAAUUUUUGGCGGCCAAUUACAUGCAUAAGAGCUCAGCACGAGGAAAACUGCUUUUAGUUUUGAGGCAUUUUGUAGAUUCUGCUGCAAAUUUACCGUUAAACCUGAUGAUAGGAUCUCUUUCUUUUGGCUUCACAAUGGUGAAUGAUUUCGUCGAAAAUGUGAAACGGUCGAGAAGAUAUAAGCUCGAUUUUGUAGCUUUACGGUUGCCUUUCAGAUGAUUUUAUGCCGCCUGGUUUAUGAACCUGGCCUUGUAACUAUUUCAUUUUGAAAUCUCAUCAACGUGUUUGGAGGGUUUUUGUGCUAUUAUUGAUUUGAGAUUUUGAUCUUCAUCCUAUUCAAAACAUUUUGGUCUUUUGGAAAAUUUGAUCA